AUGCCUGACAUAUCAUCUGAUAUUAUUUCUCAUCGGCUAAGCAUUAAUCUUGUCGUCCGAUUCGUUCGACAUAAGCAUCGUACCUACGACCUAGAGAGGUACGAGGCCAUGAAAGCGGAGGUGGACAAGUUGAGUAGCAUUGGAUUUAUCAAGGAGGUGGACUAUCCCACCUGGCUGGCUAAUGUGGUGAUGGUCCGCAAACCACUGAAAGGCUGGUGCAUAUGUGUAGACUACACCAACCUUAAUCGGGCUUGCCCGAAGGACAGCUUCCCUCUACCUCGAAUCGACCAGCUUGUUGACACCACAGCUGGCCAUGCCCUCCUUAGCUUAAUGGAUACUUACUCUAGGUACAACAAGAUCUUCAUGCAUCCUGAUGAUCAAGCCCAUACAUCCUUCAUUACCGAUCGUGACCUCUACUGUUAUAAGGUGAUGCCAUUUGGCCUCAAGAACGCCGAGGCUACUUAUCAGCGUCUUGUGAACAUCCUCUUUGCCCCACUGAUUGGCAACACCAUGGAGGUUUAUGUCGAUGAUAUGCUAGUCAAAAGUCGCGCUGCUGACUAG